CUUUAUUACUCCAUGUCUGCUGAUCCCCUAUCUCUUCUUCGUGAUUCGACCAUCAGUAAUAAACCUGUAGUACUGCUGAAUGGGGCUGGCGAGACUGUCACCAAUAUUUCAGAAGCAAAGACUAUCAAGUUUAGUGACAAUACGACAUUUCCACGCGAUGUACCUACCAACUUUAAAAAGACAAAUGCAGCCGAGACAGACACGUAUACCUUAGAAACCCUGAUAUUCUUGGUCCAAAAUGCAAAACUAGACAACUCAGCCUACUUUAAAGAGUGCCGUACACGCGGUAUUGAACAUGUAUCGAUUGUCGACAAAAGAAAGAUUCUAGAUUACUUAACAGGCAAAGUGGAUCAAUCACCCAAUGUCUCUCUUUCUACGUCGAAUGAAAAAAGAGCUCGCGAUGAUACCACUCUAACAGAGUCAUUGACCAAGAAGGCUAAAGUAGCACCACCUCAAUCUGAAGACUCUAAAAAAGUAGUUGAGAAAGUCAAUUCUCGUGAACGAGAGAUCAUCACACGCUCUUCUGUCUUGCAAGGCACCAAGAACUUUACACAUGCUAUCAACUUGGCUAAACAAUUAGUACUUGGAAAAGAUGUCCCACCUGCCAACCGAACCAACACUACUCAAAAAGCAGGCCAUAAAUCGAGUACAAAACCAACCACUACCACAACACCUGUUACAGCAGCAGCCAAGAGUCAAAAACUGUCUUCCAAAGACAAAAUACCACUUGUGAUUGUGCCUGCUGCUCCUACAGCCAAAUUCACAUUGUACAAUAUCAAGCAAUUUUUGGAAGAUCAGAAAUACAUUGAUUCACAAGAAUUAAGAGAGGGUGGAUUGAAGAAACCAGAGAGAGUGACUAUAGAACGCAAAAAACCCAAUGGACAAAUUGUGCCUUAUCAUGUAGUGGAUUCAGUUGCACAGUUUAAACAGAGUGAUUGGGAUCGUGUCUGUUGUGUCUUUGUAGCAGGACAGUUGUGGCAAUUUAAGGGUUGGAAAUGGGAAAGACCCGUUGAUCUCUUUAGUAAUGUCAAAGGCUUUUAUCCCAAGUGGAAUUCUGAUAAAGUCAAUAGUCCUGCUUCUGAAUGGGCUGUUACUGAAGUGAAUAUUCAUAGAAGUAAAAGACAUAUGGAUAGAGCUACUGUCUCUCAAUUCUGGGAUGCACUUGAUAGUUACAAUGCUACACAUAAACCAUACCUUAACUUUUAAGAAAGAUAAAAUAAACUCU